GUUAAGUGGUGAAUUGCAGAGAGAGAAGGGGAGAGUGUGACGAGGAAGCUCCAUUCUCGUCACCCUUUUGUCACACUAAGCAAGAAGGAAGAACAGAGGAGUGUGAUAAAAAGAGGCGGGAGAGAGCUUGGGCAUGGCUAAGCAGUUCCUGCAGGUGGACCUUGCCAUUGACGUGCCGCAAGGCCCCUCCAAAUGCUUUGAUGACGAUGGCCGCCUCAAGAGGACAGGCAAUGUUUGGACGGCGAGUGCUCACAUAAUAACGGCCGUGAUUGGGUCUGGGGUGCUGUCAUUGGGGUGGGCUAUUGCACAGCUGGGUUGGGUCGCCGGCCCUGCUGUGAUGUUCUUGUUCGCCUUCGUCAUCUAUUACACCUCCACCCUGCUCUCCGACUGUUACAGAUCUGGUGACCCUGUAUAUGGCAAGAGGAAUUACACAUACAUGGAUGUAGUCAAGGCUAACAUGGGUGGUGCUCAAGUUAAGAUCUGUGGGUGGAUCCAGUACUUGAAUAUCUUUGGAGUGGCGAUUGGUUACACAAUAGCAGCAUCCAUUAGUAUGAUGGCAAUUAAGAGGUCCAAUUGCUUCCACUCCAGUGGAGGCAAAAACCCAUGUCAAAUCUCCAGCAACCUGUACAUGAUAAUGUUUGGUGCCUCAGAAAUAGUACUGUCCCAGAUCCCAGACUUUGACCAACUAUGGUGGCUCUCCAUUGUUGCAGCAGUCAUGUCAUUCACCUACUCUUCUGUGGGCUUAGCCUUGGGCAUUGGCAAAGUAGUUGAGCAUAAGGGCUUUGGAGGCAGCUUGACAGGGAUCAGCAUUGGCACUGUGACUGAGGCUCAAAAAAUCUGGAGAACUCUGCAGGCCUUUGGUGAUAUUGCCUUUGCCUACUCCUACUCCAUCAUCCUCAUUGAAAUUCAGGACACAUUGAAGUCUCCCCCAUCAGAGGCCAAGACCAUGAGGAAAGCAACCCUGAUCAGUGUGGCAGUGACUACCACUUUCUACAUGCUGUGUGGGUGCAUGGGCUAUGCUGCAUUUGGGGACAAUGCACCCUCCAACCUGCUCACAGGGUUUGGGUUCUACAACCCCUACUGGCUGCUUGACAUAGCCAAUGCAGCCAUUGUGAUCCACCUGGUUGGUGCCUACCAGGUAUACUGCCAGCCCCUCUUUGCCUUCAUAGAGAAGUGGGCACAGCAGAGGUGGCCGAAGAACACCUUCAUCAGCAAGGAGUUCCAAAUCCAAAUCCCCUGCACCUUCAAGACCUACAACCUGAACAUCUUCCGGCUCGUCUGGCGGACCAUCUUCGUGAUUGUGACGACGAUCUUCUCCAUGCUACUGCCCUUCUUCAACGACGUUGUCGGCAUCCUCGGCGCCUUCGGCUUCUGGCCGCUGACCGUCUACUACCCGGUGGAGAUGUACAUAUCACAGAAGAAGAUAGCAAAGUGGAGCUCCAAAUGGGUGUGCCUGCAGAUCCUCAGCAUGGCCUGCCUGAUCAUCUCCAUUGCUGCCGCUGCUGGGUCUGUUGCAGGGGUGGUGCUUGACCUCAAGGUCUACAGACCCUUUCAGUCUGGCUACUAGGGCUGCAUUGGGGCCCCCUUCCCCCACAAGGCUCAAGAAAUAACCCUUAUGAAUGAUAUGAUGACCACCUUGUAGAUGCUGAAACCUAAGAUGGCAGGGAAAAUUUUUCCUUUUUCACAAUGCAAAAGGCUCUAGUAAAGCCACAUGAAAUAGAAUCUUGUAUUUUCUCUUUCUAGUAGAUCCUGUUGUCUCAUGCUC